ACAUCAAAUUAAAAAAUAGAGUUUCUUCCAAAUUUUUCUUAAAUAUUUUUAAAUGAAAAAAACUAAAUACGGAAAAAUCUCAGAAUUUUCCUGAGUGACGAGUGAAGAAUUGGACUUUUCCUCUAAAUAGGAUUGGACGAUAUUCUGCCGCGUCUUCCCUUCCGUUCUCUUCUUCUUCUUCUCCAUUUUACUCCCCAGAGAGAGAGAGAGAGAGCGAGAGAAAUGGGGAAUGCGUUCUUUGUGUUAUGCGGGUGCGUAGACCAGGCGAGCGUAGGGGUGGUGGAGAGAUGGGGUCGUUACGACAGGUUGGCUCAGCCUGGCCUCCAUUUCUUCAACCCCUUCGCCGGCGAGUGUCUCGCCGGUAUUCUCUCCACCAGAAUCUCCUCUCUCGACGUCCGCAUCGAAACCAAAACUAAGGACAACGUCUUCGUGCAGCUGGUUUGUUCCAUUCAGUAUCGUGUAAUCAAAGAAAAUGCUGAUGAUGCAUUUUAUGAGUUGCAAAACCCUAAAGAGCAGAUUCAAGCUUAUGUGUUUGAUGUGGUUCGUGCACAUGUUCCACGACUGACUUUGGAUGAACUCUUUGAACAAAAGGGUGAUGUAGCAAAAGCUGUCUUGGAGGAACUUGAAAAGGUGAUGGGAGAAUAUGGUUAUAACAUAGAGCACAUACUGAUGGUUGACAUAGUACCGGAUGACUAUGUGCGCAAGGCAAUGAAUGAGAUAAAUGCAGCCCAAAGGCUUCAGCUUGCUAGUGUGUACAAGGGGGAAGCAGAGAAGGUGCUCCAAGUUAAAAGAGCAGAAGCCGAAGCAGAAACCAAGUACUUGGGUGGAAUUGGGGUGGCCAGACAGAGGCAGGCAAUCACAGAUGGCCUAAGAGAGAACAUCCUGAACUUCUCUCACAAGGUGGAGGGCACCUCGGCGAAGGAGGUGAUGGAUCUCAUCAUGAUCACCCAGUACUUCGACACGAUCAAAGAUCUUGGGAACUCGUCGAAGAACACAACCGUUUUCAUACCUCACGGGCCUGGUCAUAUUAGAGACAUCGGGGAUCAGAUACGGAAUGGGAUGAUGGAGGCAGCUGCAUCGGGUAAAAGUUGAAUAAUCUUGUUGCACAUUGGGGGAAGGUGACAUUGCGGAUGGGUUGUUCUUCUUUGUGCCCUAAUGUGUUUGAUGACAUUGCGGAUGGGUUUUUCUUUGUGCCCUAGUGUGUUUGAUGAUACUUAUACGGAUGAUAGUAAGCCAAUGCAUGUUUUCUUUUAUACAUAGGAAAUAAGAAGUGCAAAAUUACUUGGAUGGAAA